CAGUCCGCUGAAUUGCCCAAGAGCUUUGCCUGUCCCGGUGCUGAGGACGGGCCACACGCAGGGCAGCUCCAGCACCCUCACAGCCGUCACUGCUGGCACCAACACCCUGGCAGAAGAUCCCUGAGGGCAUGGCACCCAGCCCCACAGGUUCCCACAAACUGCUCAGUGCCAUGCUGGGGAGCAACCAGAUCCCAGCUCUGGUCAUGGUGCAGGAUGGACACGCAGCUGGGCUUUGCUAUGGAUCCUGGGGAAGAGACCCCCAGGCACCCCGGAUGGCUGUCCAGCCUGGUGAUAACUGCAGCACGGAUCCUACUGGGCAGAGUGAUGACCACCCUGCAGUUGGCAGUCCGGGGGAGGGGGGGAGCACGGCUGUGGUCAGUGCAGGGUGCGGUGGGAGCGGGUGCGGGGCCAGACAGCAGGAAUACAGCACACAGGCACUUUGUUUGGCUGGGGUGGGCGGAAGUCAGAGCGUUGGAUCUGAAUGCUAAAGUGUGUUGUUCAGGGGCCGAUAAAGGCCCCAUUGUAUGUAAAUAGUUUAUAAAGCAGCAUAUGACUUCCAGUGCAGGGCAGUGGCGGAUAGAGACGAGGGCAGGCGGAGCAGAGCUCUCCUGUGGGAGACAUGAGACCUUAGAGGGGCCAUUGGGGGCAGCUCGCGAGGACCCUUCCUCACCGGCAGACGUGAGGAACGAUGAACUGGGCUGGCCUCUACACAGUGCUGAGUGGGGUGAACCGCCACUCCACUGCCAUUGGGCGCAUCUGGCUCUCUGUCAUCUUCAUCUUCCGGAUAAUGGUGCUGGUGGUAGCAGCUGAGAGCGUCUGGGGGGAUGAGAAAUCUGCCUUCACUUGCAACACCCAGCAGCCUGGCUGCAACAGUGUCUGCUAUGACCACUUCUUCCCCAUUUCCCACAUCCGUCUGUGGGCCCUGCAGCUCAUCCUUGUCACCACACCAGCCCUCCUUGUGGCCAUGCACGUGGCCUACCAGCAGCACCAGGAGAAGAAGCUGCUGGUGCUGACAGGGCACGCAGACCCCAAGCACAUGGAGGAGGUGAAGAAGCACAAGAUGCGUAUAUCAGGUUCACUGUGGUGGACAUAUGUCUGCAGUGUGGUCUUCAGGCUGCUCUUCGAGGCCGUGUUCAUGUACAUCUUCUACAUGCUCUACCCGGGCUACCAGAUGGUGCGGCUGGUCAAGUGUGAGGCUUACCCCUGCCCCAACACUGUUGACUGCUUCAUCUCCCGGCCCACUGAGAAGACCGUCUUCACUGUCUUCAUGCUGGUCACCUCCAGCAUCUGCAUCAUCCUCAACAUGGCGGAGCUGGUCUACCUGGUGGUGCGGGCCUGUGCCCGCCGAGGCCAACACAACUCCAACCCCCCAUCGGUGAAAGGCUCCUUCUAUGGGCACAAGCUCUCCUCUGAGUAUAAGCAGAAUGAGAUCAACCAGCUGCUGACAGAGCAGGACGGCUCCCUCAAGGACAUGCUGCGCCGCAACCCUGGGCUGCAGGAGAAGGGUGACCGCUGCUCUGCCUGCUAGGGCCAGCGCUGUGGGGGCCCCAGCCCUUGCCCCCACCCCGCAGCUGCCCCACGGCCCUGUGCUGUCCCUGUCCCAUGGACAGCAUCCCUCAGGCGCUGGAUCGGCCUGGAUGGCCAGGAGGGCAUCUCAGGCCAUUAAAUCUCCAUUCUCAGGCACUGCCUCCCUCCUUUCUGCUCUAUCUGGGAUGUGCUAGGGGCUGGGGUGCCACUGUGGGGUGCCCACCCCUGCACCCUAGCCCACAUGGAUGCCACCAGGGGCUGUGGUGACUGCAGUGCCUCGCUGGCCUGGAGCCGUGGCCAUGGUGCCCUGGCAGCAGGAGCAGUGACCCCUGGGUGGCAUUGAGCAGUGUCCAAGGGCUCACACUCCCCCAGCACCAGCCCCUGCAGCCCCAAAUAUAUUUAGAAAAAUGCUCAGGCCAAA